GAUGAUACCUCUCAGCGCUUCCCCCUCACCCCCUGACAUCCUCCCUAUCCCUGCUUUAGGGGCUUUUCCUUUCUGACUGUGCCAUACCCUCCACCUUCUCCCCUCCUGUCUCCCGGGUUCUACUCGUCCCUGUUCCUUCUGCGUCCCUGUUCUCGCGCUCUCUUCCGCUCGGCCCUCCCCGGCUCCUUCCACCUCCUGGCCGCUCCCUUCCCCCUCCAGGUGCGCACCCGCUACUCCUCGCUCUACCGCGCGCCUGCGCUCUACGCCCAAGGGAGCGGGGGCUGCAGAACUGGAGAAACUUCCGCGGCUCCGGGCGCGGUUGACUCGGGAUCCGGGCUCAGGGCCGACACCCGCGCGGGGCUGAGACAGGUGUCCGCGCUCCCCGCGAUGGGCUGCUCAAGCAGCGCCCUCAACAAGGCCGGCGACAGCAGCAGGUUCCCCAGUGUAACUUCAAAUGAGCAUUUUUCAACCACAGAAGAAAGUGAGUCCUGCUUUGCCCAACCAAAGCCACGUACACUGGGAAGAAAAUCUACCGUUGAUGGCAAUGUACAAAGGGAAACCCGUCCUCCAUUACAAAAGCUCAAGGAUUCAGCAGAGCCUACAGCUAAUGGUGUUAAACCCCUGCAGGAACAGCCCCUGGCCAAGGACCUAGCCCCUGGAAGGGAUGCCGCAGACCAGUCAGGGUCCACAGAAAAGACCCAGCCUGGAGAGGGACCGGAGGAAUCAGGGCCGCCUCAGCCAGGUAGCAAAAAGUAUGCCCCAGCAGCGGAAGGAAAGAAGAAAGAUGCAGGAGCAGGGACCAAGGCUGAGCCUCUAAAAGGAAAUGCGGAGGCUGAGCCAUUAGGACCAGAAGCCAAGGGUCAGCCUUUGCGGACAGCAGGAGAGAAGGACUGCCUCAGAGCAGUGGAGGACACUGAGAAUCCACAAACUGCUGCAGAGAUGAAGCUUCUAGGAACAACUGAGAACACUCUGCCUCUGCAAACAGCUGGAGAGCUACAACCUCAGGGUCCAAUGGGAAAGGAUGAGCAGGCUCUGUUUCUAGAAACCAUUUCCAAAGAGAAUGAAUCUCCAGAAAUAUUGGAAGGAAGCCAGUUUGUGGAAACAGCUGAAGAGCAGCAACUUCAGGCAACAUUGGGAAAAGAGAAGCAGCCCCAGCUUCUGGAAACAAUUCCCAAAGAGAAUAUAACACCCCAAGUAUUGGACAGAAGUCAGCUUGUGGAAAAGCCUAUUAUGAAUGAUCCACUCCAUAAAAGUCCUGAAGGUCCAGGAAACAUGGAGCAGAUUCAACCUGAAGGAAUAGUUGGAGGCACGGAGCGUCCAGCACGAAAUGUCAAGACAGGAGCAGACGUGGAAAUGUUCAGGAACAUCCACACUAACGAAGAGGACCAACGCAUUGAAGGUGAGACAGGGGAAAAGGCGGAAACAGAGAUGGAGAAUGAGAAAGGGAGUGAAGAGGCUGAAACCAAAGAGGAAGAAACAGGAGAAGCGGUGGACUUUUCAGCAGCCACAUAGUGCUGAGGAGGACAAUAAAAGGAGCUCCUUGAGGAGAUGACAUCAUCCUUUCUGCAAAGUAAAGGCACUGGUUGUGACUGCAUUGAAAGCAAGCACUGUGUUUUAUGUAUCUUUGAAUUCAGGCAUUUAGCUCCUUUAAUGGAAUGUGGUAGGUACUCGAUAAAUAUUUGUUGAAUCAAUAAAUGAAUAACAAAUGCCAA